AUGGAGACAACUCUACCACACCCGUAGCACAAGGCAACGAGGUUUUCUCGUUAUUUAUUAAAUGUUAUUUAAAAUAUAAAAGUGCCACUACUUUAUGACAUCAUUAUACGUUUUUAACUUUUUGUGCAAGGUGUGUGUUCGGUGAAAACUUUUAGACAAUGCCGUGUUAAAGUAAGAUAGGCAGUAUGUUUGGAAUUGUAAGUAGGGCAGUGCAAGUGGUGACCCUCGUUGUAUUUUCUAUUCAUUUGGUGACUGGUGGUAUCGCCUGCCUCGGAAAUCCGUGCUUGCAUGGCAUUUGCAUUGAUGAUGUUAACAGUACAUAUUCAUGCUACUGUGUGGAUGGAUACACGGGCGUUCAGUGCCAGACGAACUGGGACGAGUGCUGGUCAGCGCCGUGCCAGAACGGUGGGACAUGCCUCGACGGUAUAGCCUCGUACAACUGUUCCUGCCCAGACGGCUUCAUAGGCGACAAUUGCGAGACCAACUUCAACGAAUGUGAAUCCAACCCUUGCCUGAACAACGGCACCUGCAUCGACCUGGACGGCGGGUACCUGUGCGCGUGCGGCCCGGGCUUCGCGGGCGAGCACUGCGAGCUGGACGUGGCCGUCUGCAACUCCAGCGAGGAAGCGCGCUGCUACAACGGCGGCCAUUGCAGAGAGGGGCCCGGGUUUAAGUUCUACUGUACCUGCACUGCCGGUUGGGCGGGACUGAGAUGCGAGUAUCAGAUCGACGAGUGCGAGUCUAACCCGUGCCAGAACGGCGGCGUGUGCAUCGACGUGCACGCAGACUACAUGUGCGCCUGCGCUUACGGAUUCACCGGUAAAAGUUGCGAAACACAAAUAGAAUUCUGCGAUGACAAUUCGUGCAGCAACAACGCGCUAUGCGUUAUCGAGGACGGCUUCAGGGUCUGCUACUGCGUCCCGGAUUACCACGGGGAACGAUGUGAACUGCAGUAUGACGAAUGCGAACUUGGGCCCAGAUGUAUGAACGGAGGCACCUGCAUUGAUGGCAUUGACAAUUUCACUUGUUCCUGCCCACCCCGUCUCACUGGGUCCUUCUGCGAAUGUCUAAUCCUUGAUAAUGAUACUUUAGACUGCGAAUAUGUCAGCCCAACUCCAAUACCUCAAUCCACAUAUAUCACAACUACUGAUGUCCAAACCGAUACUACUACUGAUUCUGAUGAAACCACGAUAUGGGAUUAUAGUACUACGACAGUUGUGUUACCUGAUAUAACCACUACUGUUGAAAGCGUAGAUACUGGAACUGAAGAAGUUACAACCCAAGACACAACAGAAACUACUCUUGAUAUUGAUGACACAUACACCCCAACUGAAACAGACGUUUAUGUUACAUCAGCCACAGAAAUCAAACAAACCGUAGAAUAUGAGGACUCCAAAACAGAGGGUACUACUGCUGAAACAACGGAUAGGGAACCAACUGAAUUUAUUACAACAGUUACAAGGACUGAAACAACUACGAAAGUAAUAACAGAGCUCGCUACUACGACUGAAACUAUAACGACUCAAUCUGCUGAAACAGAAAUUGUAGAAGUGACUACGGAACCUGAAAUGGAUACGACCACUGUAAAGAUGUUCACUGAUACUCCAACUGAACACUCUGUGACAGAUAUGGCUACGUCUACGUCUGCUACUACCGAACCGAUGGAAAUUACUACAUUCUUUGACAAUAGUACGUUUGCAUAUACGACUGUACAAUCAGACUGCAGCGAAUCUGUCUGCAUCAAUCAAGGAAUUUGUGUAAACACUCCUCAAGGCAUUCGGUGUCACUGUCCCUUCAACUACGGCGGAAGGUUUUGCGAAGAAAAGAUCUCAAUAACUUCAGCAGCCUUCAGUGGAAAUUCCUUCGUUGCUCAUAAGCUACGAAAUACUACAUCUAUAAGCAUAGAAUUUAACUCCAAGACUCUGAUAACAGAUGGGCAACUCAUGCAUGUAGAUAUGGCGAAGGGGGUAUACAUUCAGCUGUAUAUGAACUCUGGGCUUCUGAAGUUUAAGUUCUCCUGUGGUUAUCAGACUAUGCUUCUCAGUGAGCUGAAAACAUACGUCAAUAAAGGAUAUCCUAUGAAGAUUGAAGCCAGGCUGGACCUGUUUCCCGCAGCACAACACUGCAACGCCACGCUCCGCCUCAACGACACGGUGGCGAUGAGCGGCGGGCAGGUCGCCCGCGUGACGGCGCUCGACAACAACACUAUGCUGUACUUUGGCAAUACGCCCCACGGCAAUGACACCAUGCCCUUUGUGGGAUGCAUCUGGGAUUUGAUGGUCAACGGUGAGAAGCGGGAAGUAUUCGGCGAAGCGAUGGAAGCGAGCGAUGUGACCGAGUGUUCUUCCCUGGCGUGUUUGUCAGGGCCGUGCCUGAACGGAGGCUCCUGCAGCGACCAAGGCGAGGGAUAUACAUGCUCCUGCGCCAAUGGGUGGCUGGGCCCGCACUGCGACACGUCGGUGUGCGCGCACAACCCGUGCCGCUCGGGCGGCAGCUGCGUGCCGCACCCCGGCAGCGGCUUCCUCUGCCUCUGCCCCUACGGGAAACACGGCAUCUUCUGCGAAUACAAUGUUGAAAUAACCCGUCCAUCGCUGGCUCCAAUCAGCAGCGAGAUAUCAUCUUACCUCAUCUACCCGCUGGCGCAGGCGAGCUCGGAGCGCUUCGACCUGCGCCUGCGGUUCCAAACGACGGACAUGGACCAGAUAGCGCUGCUGGCGUUCGUGGGACAGGGGGGGAGGCAUGACGCGCAUAGUCACCACUUGGCGCUGACGUUUGUGAAGGGAUAUGUUAUGUUGACUUGGAAUAUGGGAGGUGGGCCCCGGCGUGUGUUCACGGCGCGCGCCCUGAGCGCGCGGCGCGGCGGGCACGCGGUGCGCGUGUGGCGCCGCGGCCGCGCCGCCGGCCUCAGCGUGGACGGCCGCCACAACGCCACCGGCAACGCGCCCGCGCACGACGCCAAGAUGACUGUGCAGCCGUACGUGUAUAUCGGUGGGCACCCCUCCCCCGGCUUCCGCGAGCUCCCCCACGACUUGCCUCUGCACGGCGGCUGGCGCGGCUGCGUGUGGGAGGUGGCGGGGCCGGCCGUGGGCGCGGGCGCGGCGCUGGGCGGGCGCGGCGCGGGGCAGUGCGGCGUGGCGCAGUGCACCGCCAACUCCUGCAACGCGCCACGAGGCGUGUGUAUCCACUCGCCGGCUACAUACGGGUGCAUCUGCAAUGAAGGCUGGUUCGGUGCCACGUGCGCGUCGUCCCGCAGCCCCUGCGACCGCGCUGUCAGCCAGUGCCACGGCAAGUGCGUGUUGACGGCAGACCGGGCCGAGUGUGACUGCCCGUAUGGGAAGACUGGCACAUACUGUGAUAAAGAUCUCAUCCCAACGGACGUGUACUUCACCGGUACCAGGUCGUACGUGAAGCUGAAGCCUCAAGCCGUUUCCAGCGUGAGCUUGGCGCUCGAAGCAGAGAUCAAGCCGAACAAGGAGCGGGGCCUCAUUGCGUUCGUGGAGACGCCCCACUUCUACACCGCGCUGUCAUUGCAGGGAGGGCUACUGGAAUAUCGAUGGACAGAUCGACUAUCCGGCGUAACGUCACUGGUCCGCAGUGGGACGGUGGUGGCGCUGAACGCGUGGCACUCGGUGAAGGCGGGCCGCUACGGCAGCCGCCUGUACGUGUGGGCCGACGGCGCGCUCGCCACCGAGCCGCUGCUGGCGCACGCCUACCCCCACACCGCGCACCAGGCCAGCGUGCUGCUCGGGGGCGCAGAAGACCUUGCGACGCUGCCUUUCGACGUGAUGUCCGGCCCCCCUGAACCCUUCACCGGCUGCAUAAGAAAUCUUCAUGUCAACAACCUUCUCCUGCCGCUCGAAAGUCAAAAUAUUCUAGCUGGUCAGAACCUGGGCGACUGCGACGGCACGCCGUGCGGCGCGGAGGCGUGCUCGGGCAGCGCGUGCGUGGUGGAGCAGGGGCGCGCGCGCUGCGUGUGCGCCGGCGCCGCGGGCGGCCGCUGCCGCCGCCACGCCGCCUGCCGCCCGGACCACUGCCGCCCGCCCGCCGGCGCCUGCAGGGGGAACAAGUGCGUCUGUGCUGCUGGAUACGAGGGACUUGAUUGUCAGCUCAGAGUAAACGUGACGAUUCCCCAAUUCGCGGGCGAUUCCCUCCUGUCUCUCGGCAGGAGGACGGCCGCGCCCCGCGUCAGUGAGCAACGAUUAAGCACAAGCGCCAGGCUCCCGCCGCAGUACGUCACGCUCAACUUCACCACGGCUGAACCGGCGGGCCUGCUACUUUCUGUUAUAAUGGACACCGAAUAUCUAGGCCUCGGUCUGGAGCACGGCUACCUCAAGCUGGCCUGGUCCAGCCCCCGCGAAGACCUCACGCAGUCCGCCACAGAGGAAUGGCGGCUCCCCAAACCGCUGCAAAUACAGUCCAAGUUGCUGCCCAGGGCUGGUUUCCUAGCUGACGGGGAAUGGCAUGUCUUGGUGCUAAAGUUGGACAAAACCAAUAUGUCCGUUGUAGUGGAUCAGAAUUUGGUGUACAAUGAUGAGCUGGCUCUGAACGAGUCUAGUGACGUGGAGUUGUUUAUAGGUGGUAUUAACGAAGAGGAUAGUGCAAUAGGCAAGAAAGCGUUCCCGCACAAUUUCAAAGGCUGCAUAGACAACAUAGCUACCAAAGAAGAAUCAUAUCUGAUCGAUUACAAUGAAGUAUACAGUGAAAACAUUAAAUCGUGCCAAUUAUUCCCCUCCGCAUGAAACAGAAGCGAGGGUGACAUGUUAUAUUUGCUGGUCAGUCUUAUUUAUUCUUCCAAUGAGUCUUUAAAAGAAUUAGAAUAAGUUUAAGUGAAAAAUAUACAUAUAUCGUGUGGCAAAAAUCUAGCUAGCUAAACAUAAACAUACUGUACACUUCAAUUUUAUAUGCCGGUUUACAUCAUUUACCUGAUAUAUAAAGAUUUUAAAACUAAUAGGUAAUCAUGGUUCACAGUGCUACAGAGUUAUAUGUAUGUGUUAUUAUAGGUAACGGUUGAUCAUCACUUCAACGUACCGUUUUGCAAACAAGUUUACUACAUAUACACCGGCACAACUUUUAUUCAUGAAGUCCGAUUUGAACUUUAGAGCAACGUUGUAUUGAAACUUGAUUUGAUUUCCGAAUAACAUGAUAAAUUGAUAACGCACUGUGAACAUGGUAGUAUGUUUGGAAAAAAGCCCCCAAAGUAUUAGAACGCAAUUUAUAUAUUUCUACUGUGCCUUUUUAACACGUUCAUCGGGUUUGUUGCAUGUGUGUAGGUAGACUUUUAGAGUAGAAUAAUUCAAUACUCAUUAUAGUACAAAAUUUCUAGUCUUCGAAUAGGACCAAAGAAGCGUGUUUAAUGUUUUUAAGAUAUGUUACGAUAAAUUGUAAUUUGAUAUUCUUUAUUUUUUAAGUAUUAUUUGUUGUAAGUAGUUACGAUUUUUAACACAUGUACCUAAUGAUCAACAAUUUUUAUUAAUUCUGUUGACAACUGAGCUAAUAUUACGCGGAUAGGGAAUAUGAAAACUGAUAAAUAGGUACUUAACAAUCAUGCGUUUGCUCCAGACUAGGAAUCCUCUAGACGGAGUUUAGAGCAAUUAUUUCAUGAAACCCAUGCUGGCAAAAAUACGGGGGUGCAGGGUGCGGGGGACGAGGUAAACGAAGUCCCGUGCCGUGAUUGGUCCGUUCAAAGACAUGGACGUCACACAAAGACACUUUCGACUCGAAAAUGGAAUAAAACUACCGUAUUUGUGGCAGAGGGGGUAGAGCUGCUAUGCUGUCUGGAGGAUGUCUUGUCUGUGGUUUGCUCACACCGUAGUCUUAGCUCAGUUCGAGUAGGAAUGUUCAGAGUCAAAAAUAAUUAGCAUGAGGUAGUUAUUUUGUAGUGAUCUAAAAUUAAGGUGAUUUAAGUUGAAUAAUGAAAUUAAACAUUUAUCGUACACAAAAUAUAGUUUUAUUGAUAUAUUCAUGUUUAAUAAAUUGUAUACAUAACGUCUUCAAAUAUUACAUUAUAAACAUAUACAUUUCGUUAUACGUUACUAAUUCAAACACAAAUACAAUA